GUCUGCUCCAUUUGAGGCAAUACAGUCAGUAUUCAGUAUUCAUUCGACCAGUCAUCUGGUAGUUGAGAUCAGCUGUGGUGUAAUUGAAUUAAAUUAUUGAAACGAAAACAAGGAAGUUAUUGUUCACUGUUAAGUCAUUGCUGUGACUGAUUCAGACUGGUGAGAUUCCUUGCAAGUUAUUGAAGGUUUUCCUUGUCUCUGGUCUGUCUUUUUUACUUAAGUGUACAAACAUAAGACUUUAUCAAAAUGUUUGGCAUUUAAUUUAUCUAGACAUAGGCUGUUUAACAUAAUUCUGAAUUUUAACGUAAAUAAAAUGCUGACUAUCAAAAUUGGCUAUAUUCUAUUUAUAACGUUACUCCGAAACCAAUUUUGCCUAUGUGACGAUUUUGAUGACUUUCAAAGUAAUGUAGAUGCUUUUGCUGAUGCAUUUGAUGACGCCUAUACAACAGAACUCUAUCCAUCAUCAACAGAUGAAUCAAAUUUAGGAAAUGAAAUUGCUACUGCUGUCUCUGCUUUUGAAGAAGGAACUGCAAAUCAGAAUGAGGAGGAGUUGCAACCGGCAGUGGAAGAACCGGUUGUGACAGAGACCAUUUUCCCACUGGGCGGUGAAAUCAAACAUGAACUGAAUGAGGAAGUGAGGGCUCUAGCCGAGAAGGUUGUGUCAUCCAUCAGCCCCCUGUUACGGCUGGUCAAUGUCACCGAGGCAAUCACCAUGGUAACAAACAAGGUGCAGCGGUCGCUGAUGUUGAAUGUAGCCAGCAGAGAGUGCGAGGGUGAGGCGUGUCCAUACUCGUGUCGUGUGGAGCUGAUUAACCGGUCCGAGGAGGACGAAGUGGUGUGGCAGAACUGCAUCGACACACCCUCCAUCAACAUGGUACGACGUAAGCGAGGGGCAAUCGGAGGCUUCAAACAGGUGGACGAUGAUGAGGCCAGAGAACUGGCAGAGAUUGCUGCUCAGACUCUGGACUCUAUCGAUGCGGAUGACACAAAACGGGUAGUUCUACAAGUGCUCCGUGCCCAAAAACAGCUGGUGAAUGGAAUCAUGUACCACCUGACGCUGGAGAUGGCGAUGUCCGACUGUAAGGAGGAGGCGGAGAAGUGUGAAGGCAAGCUCAGUGACCACAAUAUCUGCAAGAUCCUCAUGCAAAGACUCUUCAGUGGUGAGGCUCCACACAAUGCUCAGGUUAUAAAGUCUGAAUGUACUCCCAUUUCCAAAGCCAAAGAAGCUGACAAUAAAAAGGGCCAGAAGAGGGCUAGGAGACACGUCACCGGCUCUGGUGAAGACGCCAACACAAUCAGUGACAAUGAUCAUCAUCAACAUCCUCACAAGAAAAGCCAUACUCGCUCCAGAACGGUUGGAGGCAAAACUAAAGAAGAUCCUGAAUCAGACAGAAUAAAAGAAAUUUCAGCAUUUGCUCUAGAGGAAAUCGCUAAAGCAUCAAAUUCUAAUAACAAACAGAAGAUAGUACGUGUGGUGGAUGCGCGGAGCCAGGUUGUUGCUGGUAUCAAAUACUUCUUGAGAAUGGAACUGGUAGAGACCAACUGCAGGAAGGACAGCGACCAGACAGACUGUAGCGCUUUAGACGAUCAGGUGUUACAGACAUGUGAUGUGGUCGUGUGGGACAAACCAUGGAAGAAAUUCCGAGCCGUCACAAAGAUUCAUUGUUCACCUGACUCUCAGAUCAGAUCCAAACGAGGCAUACCUGGAGGUCUGAGUCCAGCAAACCCCAAUGACCCUGAUGUUCAAGAUGCAGCCAGGUUUGCAGUGUCAGCAGUCGAUCAACGAUCAAACUCUUUAUUCUCCUCCAAGCUUGUGGUUGUUAAAGAAGCAAAAACUCAGGUGGUUGCUGGUACAAAUUACUAUCUGAAACUGCAACUUGUGGAGACUAAUUGUCGUAAAAAUGCUCCGACAAACUCUGCCUGCAGACCUACUCCUGACAAGGUGGUGCAGGAAUGUGAUGUGGUUGUGUACGACAGACCUUGGGACAAACACCGGGAACUGACCUCAGUCCAAUGUUCUCCGGUCUUGGACAACAGUGUGCGACAACAACGUCGUGUUAUGGUUGGAGGGCUGACCCCAGCAAAUCCCAAUGAUGCGAAUGUGAAGGAAGCAGCCAAUUUCGCAGUAUCUGAAGUGGACAGAAGAUCCAACUCCUUGUUCUCCUCCAAGCUGCUGGUUGUAAAAGAGGCAAAAACUCAGGUGGUUGCUGGAGUAAAUUAUCAUCUGAAACUGCAACUUGUGGAGAGUAAUUGCCGCAAAGGUUCCGCAGUGAACUCUGCCUGCAGUCCUGCAGCCGGCAAGGUGGUCCAAGAAUGUGACGUGGUUGUGUACGACCGGCCGUGGGACAAACACCGGGAACUGAUCUCGGUCAGGUGUUCUCCCGUUGCAGACAACAAAGUGCGAAAUCAACGUGACGUUUUGGUUGGAGGACAAAGUCCAGCUGAUCCCAAUGAUGCUGGGGUGAAGAAAGCAGCCAAGUUCGCAGUGUCGGAAAUAGACAGAAGAUCAAACUCGUUGUUCUCCUCCAAACUGGUGGUUGUCAAAGAAGCCAAAACUCAGGUAGUUGCUGGUACGAAUUAUUACCUGAAAUUGCAGCUUGUGGAGACCAACUGCCGUAAAGGAACUAAGGUGAACUCUGCCUGCAAUGCUGCACCUGAUAAGGUGAUCCAGGAAUGUGAUGUGGUCGUGUACGACCGGCCGUGGGACAAACACCGGGAACUGACCUCGGUCACGUGUUCUCCGAUCUCAGACAACAGCGUGCAUCGCCAGCAGCGGGCUGUGCUGGUGGGCGGUCACUCGGCACAAGACAAGGAUUCUGCUGAAGUACAAGAGAUGGCUCACCUUGCUGUGGAAGAUAUCAACACCAAGUCUAACUCGGAGCACAAGCUGGCUCUCGUAGAAGUGUUGUCCGCUCACACACAGGUGGUGUCAGGUGUCAACUACCACCUGGUACUGAAGAUUGCAGAGACAAAUUGCAAGAAGAACUCUGAUGCUGCACCUGCCGACUGCACUCCCAAGGAGGAAGGGGGCUACCAGCAGUGUGAUGUCACCAUCUGGAGCCAACCCUGGUUGAACAAGCGUCAAGUGACAAAGUCCAAUUGCAAACCAGUUGCUCAGGCCAAGAAAUCGACCGGAGAACCAGAGUCAGUAGAUGUCUCAAACCCUGAAGUCAUUUCAGCUGCUAAAUUCAGUCUCAAAGCCAUUGACAGGGGCUCCAACUCCAUGUACAAACAUGCACUCCUCCGUAUCUUGGAUGCCAAAGUUCAGACGGUUUCAGGGAAAAAAUACUUCUUAACAUUGGAAAUUGGAGAGUCAGAGUGCACCAAGCAGCACCACAAAGAAGACUGUAGCAUUAGGGAAGGAAACUCUCUGAGUGAUAGGUGUAAUGUUGUUGUUUGGGACAGACCUUGGUUGAACAAGAAAGAAGUUGUUGAUGUACGAUGUGGCCUUCGGACCAAACGAUCCAUCGUGAGCAAGCCAAAUAACUUGAAUCAAAUCCAUCGUGACAUGUUUGAAGAAUUCAAGACAAAGUACAAUAAAGUGUAUCCUGAUGAUAAGGAACAUAACAGGCGGUUUCGUAUAUUUAGGGCUAACUUGAAGAAAAUCCAGGCAUUCCAAGAGAACGAACAGGGUACUGCUGUCUACGGUCCUAAUAUGUUUGCUGAUCUUACAGCCAAUGAGUUCAAGCAGAAGUACCUAGGCCUGAAACCUGGCCCAGUCCCUAAGCCCAGUAGUCAUCACAUGGUUGCUGCCAAGAUCCCUGAUAUCACUCUACCCACAGAUUUCGACUGGCGAGAACACAAUGCUGUCACUCCAGUCAAAAAUCAGGGCCAGUGUGGCUCAUGCUGGGCAUUCUCAGUCACUGGCAACGUUGAGGGCCAAUGGGCUAUCAAGCAUGGCAAACUGUUGUCUCUCUCCGAGCAAGAGUUGGUAGACUGUGACAAGAUGGAUAGCGGAUGUAAUGGUGGCUACAUGACACAGGCGUACGAGGCCAUCGAGAACAUUGGAGGUCUGGAAACUGAGGAUGAAUAUCCGUAUGAUGCCCACGACGAGACUUGCAAGUUCAACGAGACAGAGGUGGCCGUAACUGUCACGAGUUCAGUCAACAUCACCACCAACGAGACCCAGAUCGCCCAGUGGCUGUUUGCCAACGGACCCAUCUCCAUCGGUAUCAAUGCCAACGCCAUGCAGUUCUACAUGGGAGGAGUGUCACACCCAUUUAAGUUCUUAUGCAACAAGGACCAGCUGGACCAUGGUGUCUUGUUGGUGGGAUUUGGCGUCCACAAUUACCCCAUGUUUCAUAAGUCCCUGCCAUUUUGGAUUGUAAAGAACAGUUGGGGCCCGAAAUGGGGAGAACAGGGAUACUACCGAGUAUACCGUGGUGAUGGAACUUGUGGAGUCAACCAGAUGGCCUCCUCUGCAGUAGUGGGCUAAAGGGCAACAGCGUGCUGGUUUUACUAUGGGAAGGAGUGCAACAUGAUCAAAAACUACCCAACUAUACUUAAUUAAUUCUUAUUAUACUCAUUUGUAACUGCAUGAUAUUAUUGGGAUUUUAUCCUUUAUUUUAGUCUUUUUUAAACUAACAUUAUAUUUUUAAGUGUGUUUUUAUUAUAAAAUCAAGUAUAUUUAUUUAAUUUUGUGGACAAUGAUAAAUAUAGUGUUUAGUGCCAAAGUUGCAAUCUCAGUUUAAGAAAUCGAGUUUAGCUUUGCUGAGCUGCAAUUCACUACUGGUUUACCAAAUGAAAACCUUAUAAGUUACCACAUCUUGUAACCCAUCCAUACAUUUUCAAAAUAAGUAUCUGGUUGAUUUAGUUCAUUUCAACAAUUGUUUAAUUAUUUAUUGUUUCAAAAUCUUUUAUAAUAUAAUAAUAAAUUCUUAAAAUAAAAAUAAUAAUUUUUAUUUAAAGGAUAAGAGCUAUUUUAAUUUCUAUGUUUUUAAUAAAUGAUGAAAGUGAUUAAGUGAUGUACUAUUAAUAUUUCAGGUGUUAUUCUACAGAAAGUAUGUAUGGUUUACAUAAACGUGAUAAACAUUACUUGAAUCAUGGGUUUCCUAUUGUUAUUAACUACAGGGCAUGAAAACAUUAAUAGUGAUUAUACAUUUUACGUUACAUGUUUUGGGAAUAAUGUGUAGAUUAUUUGUAAGUUAUUUGUACAUUUUACAAAAUAAAGUGUGUAUUAAGGAACAA